CAGAGGAGGAUGUCGGAAUGAGAAACUGCUUCUAGAAGUCAGACAGGAGGACCGUGAUUGCUCGCUGUGUGUUUACACCCACACUGGCAUCGUUUACACGUCGGUUUCGACAUAUUUAGCUUAUCUUCAGGUCAGUUUUAGCUCGCCUCUUGCUAACACACGGUGUUAUGUCCGUCGGUUUCAUCUUCAGUCGGUGUUGACAUUGUGACAGUGAGUAACGGUGCUUCGGGAUACGUACGGACGGACAUUUCGACUCAGUUUAUGUCUAUAUUGUUAUUAUUUUUCACCCUAAAUGACUUUCGGGUGAUAUUAUUUACAGACUCGAGUCGAAGCUUCAUACCCGAACUUGCCUUACGGUUACUGGCCAUGGGCUAGAGGUUUUGCUUUUCCAGUUCAUCUCAACAUCCAAAGCUGAAAGUGAAAGACUACAUUUUAUUUCUGGUCUGUUUCUUCAGGACACCCUACUGCAAACAUGCUCCAUACCACUUAAUAUAGUUGUGUGUGGCUCCAUACAUUUCCAUGCCUGUGUUGGCAUCUAAUGGAAAAAAAAGCACCUGUCAGGUCUGCCAUGGUAUCCAGACUUCCUAAGUUUGGUGGACGCUCCUCCACUGGUGGCAGUAGCCCCGUCUGCAACGGUUCAACUCAACCAGCCUCCCCUACUCAGGAUGGAAAGACCACUCCUCCAGGAACACGCCCAAAUGGUGUGAUCCGUGCCUCCUCUUUUUCCCUUAAAUGGAAGAAAGAUGAAGGUACUGCAACUACAAGCCCCACAGUCCCUGGGGAUGGAGCUUGUGAAGAUAAGCCUAAGGCUGUUUCAAUAACAAAGGAGGUGAAGAAUUCCUCUCCAGGGACACCCAAGAUGCGGAGGUCGGGUCCUUUGAUGGUUGCCGUUUCUAGCCCAAAGGCAAUCCCUAAGCAGUCCCCCAAGAUGAGUCCAAAAGUAGAGACCAAAUUGGGCCAGAGUCAAAUGAAUGGAUUGUCUAAAGUGGGGCAGAGUGGUUCAAGCAUUCCUAUGUCCCAUCUUGUACGGCCAAGAUUGAGCUCCGGUUCACCUAGAAGCAGCUCACAAGACAGCCUGUCUCAGUCCACUGACAGCCUAAAGACCUUGGCCUUGGACAACAUGGUGCGUUCAAACAGCUUCACCCACUUCAAGCAAAUUCCCUCACCCACCAGCCAGCCUAUGACACGGUCUUUCUCAUUUAAUCGAGCUGUGGAGCUAGCAAAGCCUCUGGCCAACACUCAACUCCGGCCGCCACGAAGCAGUUUCCUUAAACCACCGCAGCUUAGCAAUGGCAGAGUAGGUUUAGGGCUGGGAGGGUUCAAUGGAAGCCUUGGAGGUUCAGGGGGUCUUGGUGGAGGCCUUGGAGGACUGCAGUACAGCAGAACAACUCCAACUGCUUCCUCUCUACCCACUCUCACAACCCCGUCAGCACCAUCGACUCCCAGCUCUCUGAAGAAGCCACUGCUCCCUAAUUGUGUGCUGACCAAGUCACUGGGCAGUAAUGGAGGGUCUUCAGGAUACAGGUUACCUCGAACUGGACAGAAGCCUCUUUUCCCAGGUCGAGUGAAAGGGGACGUCAAACCUGUUGCUGCCCCUGAAAGUGGCAGUCUCUUAGGCAUAGCAGUAGACACUGAGCUGACUGGUGAAGCUGAAAAAGCAGACUUGCGCUGUGACAGUGACGGGAGCUCUGGAGAUGGAGGUGGAAAAGGAGAAAGAAAAGGCAUGUUUAAACAGAACUCAUGUCAGACAGCUGCGGAGACUCUGGAGGACAUGUCCUUAUCUUCUGCCUCAUCUUUAGACAGAGGCGACACCAGUGAAGAGUUUCUGGAUGACUUUGACAGCACAGGUGAUGUGCUUAGUGAUGGGGACAUACCUGACAACAGCAACACUGAUGGUGUCACCAAAACCCGCCUACAGAGCUUUCUGAAUGAGACCAUAGACUGGGCUAGUAUUGACAUGGCAGGGCAUAAAGAAGACAGCCCAAUGCAUGAGUCUUGCGGAUCCAUGACUAGUCAUAUGCCCUUGGAGUCAUCUGUGGAGCUUUCUCCUUCUAACAGCUCUGGUGGAACCUAUAUGUGGGAUGAGGAGGGUCUGGAGCCUCUUGGAGGGCAUGGGACACAUCCAUGUGGUAGUUACGAUGACUCAGAGCUCAACAGCUUGGAUAUCCUGAACAACUUGGACCCUCUGGGAACCGGAGAUCUGGAUGAAGAUGACCUCAUGCUGGACGUGGACCUGCCAGAGGAUGGCUUGCAUGACACUGACAGGAUGUCUCAUGUGGAACGCUCAGACAGGUCUGGUCGCCAGGGGCAGCGGCGUAAACAGCACCGCUGGAGUGCACCAGACAACUUCCACAAUAAUAGCAGGAUGCACGGCUUCCAACACUACGAUGGCCUUAAGGCUCCCAGGAUCUCCUCAAGACCUAUGGCCCCUGAAGGCAGGCAGCAUGGCUACAUAGCGAUGCUGGAUGAACUCACCCUCGAACACAUGUCCCAGGACUGCAGCUCUCUCAAGAAUCAGCUGCUCAGGCUCAAAACCUUGCUGCAGUUCGAGGAUGCAGGCUCUCAAGGUGAUGUUGCUCAGGAGACUGAAGACAAUACCACUGCACUACAGCUGGAGGAGCUGAUUAAGGAAGUGCAAGUGCUCCGGGAGGAGCUGAGGAAUCGAGACAAAACUAUUGCUCAACUCACAGUGCAGUGUCAACAGCUACAACAACAACAUCAGCAGGAACAAAUGCCUACUCAAGGACGGCAGGACAGGUGUCAGUGCCACCACCAGAGGGCCCCCUCCUCACUACGACACAGUGGCAGACCGAUGGACAAACGGAUGCAGCAGCACUAUGACAAGGCCACCCAGACAUACUGGAGACCACCCAGUCAUACUCCUCAAAUACUUCAGCCUUUCAUCCCCUGCCUCAACGAGCACCACCACCAGGGAAGACUAGCAAGAACUCCCCCCACAGAGGGCCACAGUGACCUCAUCAGGAGUUCAGAGGAAGGAGCCCACAUCCCCGCUCACCAUGCUCUUGAAGGCCUCGUGGCAGAUGUGUGUGGUCCGGACCCUGACUUGCUGAGUCAUCUCCUCAGUACCCACCUUCACUGCCCAGACUCUGUGAUUCCACGGGGGGUAACUGUCAGAGACGGUCCAGCAUCGGCGGCACAGCAUGAGCGGAGAGUCCCUGCUGUGACUCUGCACAACACUGCCACCCCAGGACCUGCUGGUGUGACCUGCCCUCGCAUGCUGCAACCUGCUCACUUCCACAAGCGUGUGUCUCUCCCUGUACUUAAGCCAGGGGGCGCCGGUGGGUCUGCUUCCCUGAAGCCACAGCGCUCCUCUGGACCUCUGGCUUACCGGACCAAGCAGCUGCCCCCUCCGUCAAGAGGCCUUCCCUGCUUUAAUGCCGGACCCCAGGUGCAAGCUCCAAGUCUGUGUCGCACUUCACUGCUUCAACCUCGCAGAGCAUCCGAGCCUUACAGGGAUUUACAGAGCAUCAACUCCAGCCUGGAGGAACCCAACCAGGGCAUGCUCAGAGACCCUGGAACAGCCAAGAUCCCAAGUCGCUCAUGCCUCCCCAAGCCAAAGAUUCCUUGAGGAGCUUAGUACUCACACAUCAAGACUUAAAACUGGAAUUACACUAAUCUGACAUUGACAUUCAUUAUCUUCCCCUCUUUACCUAUGAUUUCAGAGUGAUUAUUUUACCUUUACUUAUGUUUCCAACGUCAAACAAAUAUACACUGAUAUCAUGAACCCAUAUGGACUAUUCAGGGAUUGGUAUUAUGACUGCUGUAUUGUUUUAGGUUUUACAACUCCAGUAUGUAGCAGGAUCUUGUCUUUACCUAACUCCUUAAUGUUAACCGAGAGCCCGUAUUGUCCUUCAGCCAGCUUUUUCAAACUAAAGAGGUUUUUUUAAAAUGAAAUUGCAAAAUGUCAUAUGAUCUUUGCAAAUACUGCUGAGUAAAGAAGACGAAGUGUUAGCAUUUUUCUGCUUUUGUUAUACCCGAUGGGUAUUACUGCACCAUAUAUAAAGUCUUCACGCGGCUGUGCCCUCUUGACACACAGGUGCAUAUAGUUUUAAACAAAGAGGCGACAUGGAUAUGACCUUUGCUGUGUAAAAGAAAGCCCGAGGGAAGUUGGAGGCAAAAACAAGAAGUAGGGAAGAAAGAAAAAAACAUGAUGAAAGAACUACAAAAGGCAGAACAGUGUAGAAAAACUCAAAAGCAAAUUCGUCAAAGCUCACCAAAGCUGUCACAUCCACGAUGAAAAUAUGGGUUUGUGUAAAUGUGUGUCUUGAAAUUUAAGUUAGAAAUAAGAGGGACAAAGAAAAAAGGUACCGAGCUCCUCUGAGUUCAGUUCACUCCAGUAUGUACCCACGUUUGCAAAAGGGGUCACAGGUCUUCUUUGUAAGAUUUAACAAAAUAGCCUCAGUAAAAGCCAAAAACACAGGCACACAGAAAAAAAUCCUGAAGUAUAUUGAGUUCUCUGCUUAUGUUGGAGGUACAAUCAGGGCAAAAAGUGACCAAGCGAUCAAUUAUUGUUUAUAAUGCGGCAGAAAAAUAAGCAUAAAACAACUCCUACACUUUAGUGUGCUCAGGUACAUGUGAGAUCCAGUCCACGUAAAUACACCAAGUACUCUGACACUGCAUCUGUUGUUUUCAGGUGUAUUUUUUUCAUGCUCCCAAAAGAAAAUAGUUAAGAGCAACAAGAAAGAUUGAAGGAGAGUGUGGAAAUGGUAUCCAGCAAUGCUAAUUAAGCUAAUUAGCCUAAUGUUCUUAUGAUGUGACACACUGGUUGUAUAAGGAAAAGUCACCUGUUUCCUAUGCAAAUACAAGUUUCUGCAAAAAGAAAAACAGUUAAAGUCAGUUACACUCAUUUAAAAUUAGUUUAUGCCUCAUUAGACAACAUUACCGCAUUGUCAAAAUGAUUUUAGAAGUUAAACUCAGGUCAGGAAGGUAACACUUUAUUUAACAAAAAAGAGCUUGGACUCAAUUAAAUAACUUAUUAGACGGAGAUUUCAGUGAUGAGCAGUCCUUUGAACUAUCUCCCUCAAAAAAAACAUCCCCUUACUGAACUUCAUUAGAUGUGUGAAGUACUUGCUCAUUGUGUGUGUGUGUGUGUGUGUGUGUAUGUGUGUGUGUUUCAGAGUCUAAGCUGUCAUUUUUUCCCCGUCUUGUCUCUCUCCUCCUCUUGCUCUCUUGCACAUCUCUUUGGGAACAUCAAAGGUAUUAGCGCGGUAUUUUCAGGUAGGGAGCCUUCGGGGCUUUAGUGGUGUUUCUGUGGGAGUUUUUUGAGAAUUGUGUUUAUCUCUCCUUCGCGGAGCCCUUUUUGCAGUCAGACGCUCCCAAAGUGUCCCCAAACGGAGAGCAGCAGUGUGUUAAAAAGGCCUUCUGACAGCAACUCUGCUCUCUUCUCUGUCACGCCGCGUGACCGCUUGGUGUACGCCUCUGGCACUGUCCGGUCUACUGCGUCCAAUAAUGCACCCUACAUAGACAGAGUGAGACAGAGAGAGCUACACUUGAGGACACACAACAUAUAUAGACACACAUAUACAACUGCUCUGACACAAAUUAGAAACUCACACACACAUCAGCUCACACGUCCAGGCACAGUUCACCUCCAUACACACAAAUAAUAAAGUGCAUAAAAGUUUGUUUUUGGUGUUGAGAUCUGCUGUGAAUUACAGUAUAAUACAAGAUAGAUAUUUUCAGAUACACAUUGAUCCAUCUGUCUGCUGUAGACAAAAAAUAGACACUGAAAGAUAGACAGUGAAAGGAUAUGUGUGUAUGAAUUCAGAAGGCUGAUGAAACAUGUUUACCUUUUGGACGGUUCAAUAAUGUGCCAAAGCAACCAAACAUCUAUAUAUAUAUUGGGAGGAUGGGAAGGCUGCAGUGAGAUAAUGGGGCAGAGCAGGUGUGGAAAAACAAGAGAUGUAGUGAUGAAAUCAAGAUGAACUGUUUUUUGGCAGGCUUGUCUGGUUGGGAAUGUUUGUCCGUAAAAUGUCACGAAGGUGUGUACAGGAGAGAGAAAGAAAGAAGAAAAGAAAGCAUAGCAUGUUUGUUUGUAUGUGCUGUGGUCCAGAGACCAGCCCAAUCCUCUCUGCUGUGUCACUCACUGCUUAGUAAUGCCAAACAGGAAAUCAAUGUUGCCCGCUGUGUGUGUAUACAUCUGUGUGUGUCUCCAGACACCUCUGGCGGCCAGUGUUUCUCUCUUGGAAGACCGUGUGUUUGUGUGUGUUUGUUUGUGUGGAUGAGAGACGUGCCCACAGGCCAAAGGUAAACCCAUGCCAGGGAAAGCAGGCCAGUGCCAUCCUUCUCUCCCUGUGCUGUGUUCCCUAUCUCCAAAUCAAUGUCUCUGCUCAGUUUAGCACUCAAGCCAAUCCAUCUUGCUAGCUAUGCUAUAACAAAACCACAACAGGGCUGAAAAGUCUCUGCAGCAGCCUGGAUCAAUUCUAAUGCAGGGUCUUGAUUCUAACAAAUUGUAAAGCUGCACUGCACAACAGGAAACUUACCAAAGGGGGCCAUGUUUUGUGUAAUCUUAAUUUGGCAAAAACAGGACUGCAGUUUGGCACCCGGUACACAUUAUCUAUCUAUACAAAUAUUGGAUUGCAGCAGAAUGGAUGUGGACAUAUGGAUACUGAGAGACAAUACGUAUCAUGGUAUAACAUACUGGCUGCUCAGUUUAACAACACACUCAAUGGGCUUUUGUUGUACUUUUCUCAUCAGCCACAACAGUGUUAAAGUUGCUUCACAUGGAAGUUUCAAGUGCUAGCUGUGUGUAGAUGUUCACAUGUCCUCUGAUUAUAUCUAAGGUCACUGUAUUUAUCACUACAUAAUCUACAAUAUAGCUGCUUUAAGCUGUUCAGAACUGUCUCCAGUACACUGUGCAAUAUUAGCUAAAAAAGAAGAAAAGGGUUGUGGGGGUGCUAUCUUAUAUUUUUGUGACCUAUUAUGCAAAUGAAAAAGCAAAUGCUUUUGACAAAUUCUAAUCUAAAAGCACUUUAAAUGAUGCUAGUUUUUGAUGCUGAAUGAACAGACUGUAGAGUUCAUUUAGUUUAACAAUAUCAGUCUUGAUUUCUUUCUUUUUUCUGGUGUGUUUGCAGCAGUUAUAUUAUACUUCUAGGAAACCUAGUGAGACAGUAAUAAACCUGCACCAAAAUCCGAUGACUAUUGUUUGAGCAACUUUUCUUUGUUAGUGAAUGAAGUAUUUACUCCUUAAAUGUUUUGAGUUUCCACUGUGUUGUCAUGUAAAAUGUGUAGGUCAGUGAUGAAAUGUUAAAAACACGACAGCAGUGGGUGGUUUUGCACUGCUGGAAAAAAUGUUGACAGUCACUGCUUGUCACUGAUUUGGAUCAUAGACCUCUACCAGCUCUUAGACACAAACACACAGCUGCUGGUCUCAGUUUAUUUUGUUUCCUUUAUUUUCAAUGUCAACUGGUUGUCUUUCUGUGGAAAUAAAUCAUGAUUGUGAAACAAA